GAAUGAAUGGCACGUGUAGCAACAACUCUAGAGUUCUCUUGUCUCUGUCGCCACCGCCUACCAAUUUUCUUACUCAAUGCCUCUCUUCCUCUUUCUCUACAAAGAAAGAAUCGAUAGGAAAGUGUGAGUCUUCAAUGGCAAACCUGCCUCAAUCUCUCUCCGUGAAUUCUCCGUUCCUUGGUUCCGCCUCCUCGGCCGCUAACGCCGCCGGACCUCAACCGAGCAAGGAUCGGAAAAUGCAAUCCGCCGAACAGCUGGUGCUCGAUCUCAGCAACCCUGAUGUCAGAGAGAACGCUCUUCUCGAACUCUCCAAGAAGAGAGAACUAUUUCAAGAUUUGGCUCCACUAUUAUGGAACUCGUUUGGUACUAUUGCUGCACUCUUACAGGAGAUAGUUUCCAUAUACCCUGUUUUAUCACCGCCAAACCUUACCCCAGCACAAUCGAACCGAGUUUGCAAUGCGCUUGCCCUCCUUCAGUGUGUAGCCUCUCACCCAGACACACGAAUGUUGUUCCUCAACGCUCAUAUUCCUCUUUAUCUGUACCCUUUUCUUAAUACAACAAGCAAAUCAAGGCCAUUUGAGUACUUGAGGCUGACUAGCUUAGGCGUCAUUGGUGCUUUGGUGAAGGUUGAUGAUACAGAAGUUAUUAGCUUCCUUCUCUCAACAGAAAUAAUUCCACUGUGCCUGCGGACGAUGGAGAUGGGCAGUGAACUGUCAAAAACAGUUGCAACAUUCAUUGUUCAAAAAAUUCUGUUGGAUGAUGUGGGCUUGGAUUAUAUAUGCACCACAGCAGAGAGGUUUUUCGCUGUAGGUCGAGUUUUGGGGAAUAUGGUGGCAGCCCUUGCUGAACAACCUUCGUCACGGCUCCUAAAACAUAUUAUCCGUUGUUAUCUUCGACUAUCUGAUAAUCCAAGGGCUUGCGAUGCAUUAAGAAGUUGCCUUCCAGACAUGCUAAGGGAUGCCACUUUCAGUACUUGCCUUCGUGAAGAUCCAACAACAAGAAGGUGGCUACAGCAGUUGCUUCACAAUGUGCAGGGACCUCGGGUUGCGCUACAGGCUGGGGGAGGAUUUGAUCAUAUGCUGGUGAAUUAAACCGACAUGCUGUGCCUUUUGUGAAAAUUACUUCUAGUGUUACUCUCGUCCGGGCAGAGCAUUGUAUGUGUGAAUUAAGUUAUUUGCAGUGCCUUUUAUCAACCCGUAUUUAAAAUAAUUUUGUAGUAAUUUUAUGUAUGAAUUUGAACUGGAUUGACAUUACAAAACCCUUCUCUUGACACUUAGCUAUUUUAUUUAUACCAAAGCCAAAUGUUUGGUUUUGUGUGAUGUUAUCUAGUUUAUUUGUGGUAUUUUAAGAGACAAACAUAUUUAUUCGUUUGGGAAUUAGUUAGUUUUUUGAUUUUUUUAUAAAAAGUCGUGUAAAAAAGUAGGGAGUGAUAUGAUAAUUUAGUUUAGCUUU